ACUAAAGUAAACUUCAAAUUUACCUCGUAGCUGUAAAUUAGAAUAAUUGCUAGUAAACGUAGAGAUAUAGUAAUGUAUAAAAAAAAAAACAUUAAGAUUGUUUUAAUUUAUGUGAUAAAAUUACAAAACUAGAAAAUGGCAGAAAAUAAUGAAAAGUUACGACGUUCUACUAGAAUAAAAUUACUUAGUAAACCUGAACAAAUUGAAACGAUUAAACAAAAUCCUCAAAACAAAUUCAAAAUUGAUUCUAAAACAAGAGAAAAAAAUCUCGAUCUUUCUUUUAAAGAAGAAAUAGAAGAAGAGAUCAAAGAUAUUGAUAAAGAUAUACAAAAACCAAUUGAAUUAUUUAGUGAAAAUGAUGUUAGUGGUAAAAAUAUAUAUCAAUUUGAAACACUUAAAAAAAAUAGCAUGGUACAAAGAGCAUAUUUGUCCCGUAAAUCAUUUGAUAUGCAAAAGUCUCCGAUAUCCCAAGUUGAAGCUAGCGAAGAUACUGAUAUAAAAAAUAAUAGUAUUAACAAAUCAAUUAAUAGAAGAAAAAGUCUUUCUCAGAAAGAGAUAUUUUCAAGCGAUAGCGAGAGUGUAUCUGAAGAAAGUGAAUUUGUACCUUCGGAAAAUGAAACGGAUAUAGAGUCAGAGCAUGAAAGUAGUGAUUAUUCUAAUUCAAGUAAUAAUAUAGAUUUUACCAAACAAUUUAAUUUAAAAACUAGAUUAUGUAAAUCCAAUCUACAAUCUAAGAUAAUAAGUACUCCAAGAAGAUCACAGGCUAAAUAUAAAACUCCUUGCAAAGAUUAUCAUAUAAAAACUGACGAAUAUUUUGAGAAUCAAUCACAAAGAGCCGUUACAUCAAAUCAUACGCUUGCUCGUCUUCGUAAUUCCCAAUUUAGCAGAGAUAAAUUACAAAAAUUAUUAGCAAAUCAGAAUCAUAUCACGAAAGAACACAAAAAUCUUAUCUAUUCUCUUACAGAAGAUCAUUGUGAAUUCUUUUCUAUGUGGUACUUUAUUAUGGAAGAAGGAUAUACUUUGUUGUUGCAUGGUCUGGGAUCAAAAAGAAAUUUAAUUAACGAUUUUCAUAACCAAUUUAUUUCUGAACAUCCAACUUUAGUAAUCGAUGGUUUUUUUCCUAGUUUAACGAUAAAAGAUAUUCUUGAUGGUAUAAUAAUAGAUAUUUUGGGAUUGAGUGUGCCAACUGGUACAACAGAAUCUAUUGAACUCAUUAGCAAAGUAUUAAAGAAGAAUCCAAAGGAUCGAUUAUAUUUAUUAAUUCAUAAUAUAGAUGGUAUAAUGUUGCGCUCUAACAAAGCACAGGAUGCUCUUUCAACUCUUGCUAGAAUACCAAACCUUUGUAUAAUGGCAUCUAUUGAUCAUAUAAAUGCACCACUUUUAUGGGAUCAUAUGAAGCAUUCAAAGUAUAAUUUUUAUUGGUGGGAUGCUACAACGCUUUUGCCAUAUGAAGCAGAGACUUCGUAUGAAAGUUCUCUGUUAAUACAACACAGCGGAGCUCUUGCUUUAUCAUCCCUUCAGAACGUAUUCCUCUCUUUGACAUCAAAUGCUCGAGCUAUAUAUAAACUCUUAAUACAGUAUCAGUUGGAUAAUAGCAAUACUAGUGAUUUUUCAGGAAUGGCAUUUAAGGAUUUAUAUCGAAUAUCACGAGAAGGUUUUCUUGUGAGUACUGAUUUAGCUCUGAGAGCACAAUUAACAGAAUUCAUAGAUCAUAAAUUAGUACGAACGAAACGUAACAAGGAUGGUACGGAAUGUCUAAUAAUUCCACUUAAUAAUAAUUUGUUGAAACAAUUCCUUGAGCAACAUGAAAACUAAUGUAUAUUAUACAUAUUUAUUUUUAUAUAUUAAGUUAAAGUAAAUAUAAUUUUAUAAUAUUUUACACAUUCUUAAAGAUAAGAGAUAAAUAAAAGAAU